AUGGCCAACAGUGCGGUUCACUUUCUGCGACUGCCGGUACUGGCUUCAUCCGGCCUGGCCGUGGUCGCGAGCGGUCUUUUGUAUUUCAAGCAGAACGAGCUGAUCUAUCCUCGCAAUGUCCCUGUUGAUGCACGAACCAACGUCCCCAAGCCCCGCCAGUUUGGCAUUUCCGAUUACGAAGACCUCCAGAUCCCGACCCCCGACGGGGAGUCGUUACAUGCGCUAUUCAUCCGCCCGUCCAAGAAGCGCACCACCCGGAACAUCACCGUGCUGAUGUUCCACGGGAAUGCUGGCAACAUCGGACACCGCGUUCCCAUCGCCCGGGUUCUACAAGACGUCCUGGGGUGCAAUGUGCUGAUGCUGGAGUACCGUGGCUACGGACUGUCGACCGGUGUGCCGGACGAGGCGGGCUUGAAGAUCGAUGCGCAGACAGGCCUGGACUACAUUCGCCAGCGAGCCGAAACUCGCGACUCCGACAUCCUUGUCUAUGGCCAAAGUCUGGGGGGUGCCGUGUCGAUCAACCUGGUCGCCGAGAACCAAGAUUCGGGCGAUAUCAAAGGACUGAUUCUUGAGAACACAUUCUUGAGUAUUCGCAAGCUGAUCCCGACGGUCUUCCCUCCCGCACGUUACCUCGCCCGUUUCUGCCACCAGUAUUGGACUAGCGAGGAAGUAUUGCCGAAGAUAACCAAGGUUCCCAUCCUCUUUUUGAGCGGAUUGAAGGAUGAAAUCGUGCCUCCUUCCAACAUGACGCAACUGUUCGCCAUUUGCACCGCGAGCCGAAAAGUGUGGCGCACUCUUCCGAACGGCGGCCACAACGACAGCGUGGCUGAACCGGGUUAUUUCGAACAUAUCCAUUCGUUCGUCAUGGAAGAGGUCGUCGGGCAAGAUUCAUAA